CCUAUAUAUAAAUAUACAAUUCACCCAUGUACUCUCCUACAAAAUCAUCUCUGGUCAUACGUUUGCAGGAGGAGACCGGCGAUCGGCGGCGCAGCAUAGGGAUGGGGAGUUCCCGGAGCAAGCCGGUGCGGGAGCAGCAGCCGGCGGCACCGCCAAAGCCGAAGCAGAUGCCGGAGCCGGAGCCGAAGCCGACGCCGACGCCAAGGCCGAAGAAGAAGCAUGACCCGAAGGUGGAGGUGCCGCCCCUCAUCGACCCCCCGCCCAACGCCGCCCGCACCAGGAUGCUCGUGCCAGGGUACGAGCUGUGGUUCGGGAAGCCCUCGCUGCGCGCCCUGUUCGAUGACUACUUCAAUCAAGCUGGGAGCGUAAACGCAGGGGUCAUGCUCAAGAUGGUGGAGGAUCCUCAUGUCAAUCUGACCGCAGCUGCGUCACCAGCUGGCGGGGAGGCUCAGCUUCGAUGGCAGAGUGAUUUGGAUAAUCCAGAUACCUUUGUGCACUUUCUUGUGUCAACGCCGAAAUCCACUUUGAAGCUCAGAUCGAGUGCACAUUCUCCUAAAUAUGGUAUUGGUGCCUUUUAUGCAAUGCCUUUGCAUUUUGGAAACAGCACUUGUUCAGAAGACAGUGGUGUCAUGGGUUUGAGAUAUGAUUCGAAGAAUCUAUCACUGGGGGCAUCUUUUGUGCCAUCUCUCUUAUCUGGUGGGGUACCCUCUGUCUCUGUGGUACCCUAUGGUGCAUGGUUGGUUGGGAGAAUAGGUGGAUUGAGUGCAGGGGCUCAAUGCAAGCCGCUUAGUACUGCUGGAAACAAGUCUUUUCCUUUUGAGGACUUGAAGAACUGGGAUUGCGGAAUCAGUUAUGGUGUGGGUUCAGAUAGUCCACUCAGCCCUUCACUCAAUUUCUCUCUAGAGCUUCUCAGAAGCACACAGCUGGUCGCGUCAUUCUAUCAGCACCAGGUUGUCCAAAGGCAGGUAUACUCUGUGAUUCCUACAGAAGCAACCAAAAUUACAAACUACAUAGAUUUUGGGCUUGAGCUAGCCACAAGGGUGGGUAAGGACGAACCAACAGAUGAUGCCGACAAUUCCUCGUUUCAGAUAGCUGCAAACUGGCAGGCUAAUAAGAACUUACUACUAAAGGGAAAGUUAGGUCCCUCAAAAUCUUCUUUAGCUUUGGCAUUCAAGUCUUGGUGGAAACCCUCGUUUACAUUCAGCUUCACAGCUGCAAAUGAUCAUUCGAAAGGUACUACCGCGUACGGAUUCAGAAUCCAUGUCGACGAUCUAAGAGAGCAAGUUUCCGAAACCCAGCUCCAGUAGAAGGAUUAUACCAUUGUUUGUGUCACGGGGCGACACGACGAACUACAACUUACAUGUGCGGCUGUGACACAAAUCAAGGAGGACCGAACUGAAGACUAAUAGUUUGCGGAAGCACAUGAAGAAGCUUUAGAACAGACAUUACAUUGAUUCAGGGAACUGUAACCACUCAGGAAGACCGUUAGAGCUGGCCUGUUGACAGAAAACAUUGUGUUUAAUUAGCUUGUAGUAGCGUGGAAUCUAGUCUUCAUCUCUACGUAGCACUGUAUUUCCUAAGUCUUUGCUGUGUAUUUGAAACAUUUGAUAUUCUGGAUUUUCAAGGGCGAGGUAGUUUCGUUA